AUGACUUUAGACAGUUAUAAUGUCAAUUAUCCUCGGUUCCUUCAAAACUAUAAUUCACGAAUUUCUAUGUUUCAACAAGAUAUAUCUGACUUAGAUAAACUCGAAGUUGAAAAGAAGAUGAUCAAUGAGUCAUUAGAACAAACCAUUUCUGAUAAUUUUUUACAAGUUGAUGUUAAUAACAAUUCAAUAAUUGUUAAAGGAAAGUGUGAUCUUAAUGAUAUCAUGUUAUUAAUUCAUCUAAGAGGAAAUAAAAAAUCAACAUACACUGAAAAGAUAAGAAAUCCUAUAUUUUCAUUCAUAUUUACUAUUCCAUUUGGUUAUUAUGAAGUUAAAGUAAUUGAAGCUAAAACUAUGAGAGUUAUUCUUGGAAAAAGUAAUGUUUUUGUUGGAAGUUUAGUUCCAUUCACUUUUGUUUUAAAAGAGAAUGGGUUUUUGAUUCAAUUUAGUGAUAGAGGUAAUGGAUUUAUAGGAAUAUUGCCAGAAGACAACAAUGAACUUAAUUUUAAAGGUAUUCAAUUGUUUACAAUAACCAAUGGAACUAAAACAUUUUUUGCAAGUUGUAGUACUAUACCUCAACGAGGUGAAAUACGUUAUUAUUCCUCUACUUGUCAUCAAAUUAAAGAACAUACUCCUUAUUUAUCGUAUCAACCAUUUUCAUUUAUCAAUUAA